GGGGCGGGGCGGGGCGGCGGUGCCGGCGGCGGCGGGCCCGCCAUGGCGCUGUCGCCCUACGUGCAGGCCAUGCAGGAGCUGUUCCGCGCCAACACGCGGAGCCGCGAGUUCCCGGCGCACGGCGCCAAGGUGCACUCGGUGGCCUGGAGCUGCUGCGGCCGCCGCCUCGCCUCCGGCUCCUUCGACAAGACCGCCAGCGUCUUCCUGCUGGAGAAGGACCGGCUGGUGAAGGAGAACAACUACCGGGGCCACGGGGACAGCGUGGAUCAGCUCUGCUGGCACCCCAGCAACCCUGACCUGUUUGUCACAGCGUCAGGGGACAAAACCAUCCGCAUCUGGGAUGUCCGCACCACCAAGUGCAUCGCCACUGUCAACACCAAAGGUGAGAACAUCAACAUCUGCUGGAGCCCUGAUGGACAGACCAUUGCUGUGGGGAACAAGGAUGACGUGGUCACCUUCAUUGAUGCCAAGACACAUCGCUCCAAAGCUGAGGAACAGUUCAAGUUUGAGGUGAACGAGAUCUCCUGGAACAACGAUAACAACAUGUUCUUCCUCACCAAUGGCAAUGGCUGCAUCAACAUCCUCAGCUACCCAGAGCUGAAACCCAUCCAGUCCAUCAACGCCCAUCCUUCCAACUGCAUCUGCAUCAAGUUCGAUCCCAUGGGGAAGUACUUUGCCACAGGCAGUGCUGACGCGUUGGUCAGCCUCUGGGAUGUGGAUGAGCUAGUGUGUGUGAGGUGCUUCUCCAGGCUCGACUGGCCCGUGCGGACGUUGAGCUUUAGCCACGAUGGGAAGAUGCUGGCCUCGGCAUCAGAAGAUCACUUCAUUGACAUUGCCGAGGUGGAGACAGGAGAGAAGCUCUGGGAGGUGCAGUGUGAGUCCCCCACCUUCACAGUGGCCUGGCACCCGAAGAGGCCACUGCUGGCCUUUGCCUGUGACGACAAAGAUGGCAAAUACGACAGCAGCCGGGAGGCCGGCACUGUCAAGCUUUUUGGGCUCCCCAACGACUCCUGAUGAAGCUGCUGCACCCAGGGAGGCAACACCUGCCUGCCCUCGAGGGUGGGAGCUUAGGUAGCAGAGGUGGGCAAGGAGCUGGCUCAUCUCCUUGCCAGCCUGGCAGCACUGUGACCUCGGGUUCAGCUCGGUGUAUCCUGUUCUUGGGAGCUUUUAUAAACAGGCAGCUGUGUGCUGGGGAGAAUGGGGGGAUUCUGGCAGGAUCCCCCUCUGCCACCUCCUCUCUGGGGCGUGGGGGGCUUGUUCCAAAGGCAAGUGGCCAAAGAAAAUGAGUCACUGAAGGUGGCUGCUGAGGAGCCUCCCAUGGGAGGUACUCUGCUUUGACCAGGCUCCCCAGCAGUGACAAGAUACGUGACUGUCCCCUUGUCCCCAAAAGCCUGGUGGCAAGGGCAGCUCUGGGAGCACAACCUGCCUCUUCCCCUCCCAGACAUCCCAUGUCCCUUUCCUGCGCUGGGGCAAUGAGGGGAGGGUGGGGGGUUUGAACCUGUAGAUGUUUUACGAAAUAUUUGUGGUGUCUUUUUCUAAUUUUGAUAAAUCCUCUUCCUUAACGAAGGUGCCUGUGGCUAUUUGAAGGGAUAGCAGGGGGGUGGUGCGCUGCUCUCCCUUGCCCUGCCUCCUUCCCUCGGCCGUGGCGAGGCCGGGCAGAGGCGUCUGUCGGGGAUUGUCCCUCUUGUCGCCGCUCCGUGUCCCCGUCCUGCGCUGUCACCACGCCAGGGGGCACUGCGAACCCGCGGUGGGGACAGGGGACAGCGGGGACACGGUUCAGACGUGCAGGACGCUGCGGGUUCCACGGCCACCGGCCCCGGGCAGAGCCCUUCCCUGCCCUGUCCCCGCUGCCCAGGGGGGGCUGUGGGGAUUUCUCCCUGCCUGCACUGUGCCAGGUCACAGGGCACAGCCUGCCUGUGAUGGAGACCUUGCCUGUGAGAUCUCUGCUGUUCUCUACCCUCAUAUUUUCUUCUGACAGAAGCUUUUCUGGGUGAUUGCUCUGCUGAUGCUGCCUGGGUAACAGCUGAGCUCUUUGCUGGUAAAUGAUGGCACAUCAGGCAGAGCUGAGGCUGGCACCAAGCUGAAGCCUCCCGAGCCUGGGCACUGCCAGGGCCUUUGCCUCAGUGUGGGGCAUGAGGUGCACCAUGCCCACAGCCUCACGCUCCUCUCUUGGAGUGGUGGAAUGCUGUGACCCAUCAGAAACAGCCCUUGGACCCUUGGGUAUCCCCAGUCAUUCAGUGGGAGAAGUCCUGGAGUCAAGGGGAAUGGAGAGAAACCCUCAUGUCUGUGUCCCUCAUGUCUGUGGGACAUCCCUUUUGUCUUGUCCCCAACCCCAGAGAGGACAGAUGCCUGCGGAGUGGGAAGGCAGCAGGAAUGAGCAGGACUCUGGGAGCCACAUGUGGCUGCUUCCUGCACCUGUAGAGACCUGGCUGGGGGCCGUGUGUGAUGAGCUGCCAGAUUUCAGCCCUGAGGUUGGUGGGGUGAGGGAGCUGCCAUGGGGGCCCAGGAAAGCAAGGGAUGAGAAGAGGCCGGAGCAAUGUACAAAUCCCUUUAUUUUAUUAGUUCGUCAAAGACUAGUUCGAGCAGGAUGGUCACAGCAUGUCUGUGGGGCCCCGAGCUGCCCGCCACUCCCUGGAGGGCCCUGGCGAGCGGCUGGGGCCGUGGCUGAGGAAGCACAGGGAGGGGGAGCACGGUGUGGCAAGAGACGGGCCGGGAUGAGGGUGUGCCCCUGCCUCCCCCCUUGGGGUGCAAGCAGCGGCUCCUGGGCCAUCCCGGGGCGCUUGCCCGGGGAUCCCUUCCCAGGCCGGGGGACCCAUGUGUCCAGCGUCAGGUGAGGGCAGCCGGGCACUCCCAGCCCGGGACUGGCCCGGCAGCCCUCGGCCCCGCGCUGGCUUUAUUGCAGGGGCAGCGUGGGGGUCCCACAGCACGGCGAGGGGCGCCGCGGGUGACCCCGGGGACAGUGGGGACGCGGGGGUGGGAGUCUGAGCAGCGGACACGAGGACGCAUGGAGCGACGGGCACACCCUGGCACAGAGACACCAAUGCGAGAACGGGGGCCAGCGGGGCCGAGACACGGACGAGCGAGCGGCGGGGACGGGGGAGCGGGGCAGGGGGGCCCUGCCCCGCGCGUGCCUUUGUACACGGUCGGCGGAGCGCGGCGCCCGCUCCUCCCGGUGCUGAAGUAUUGCAGUCUAACUGAUAUGGCUUUAACUAUGGGGCCAGAGAUGCGGGGAGGGGGUCCCCUCCAACC